CAGAGUUUCGCCCCAAGAGCCAGUCAAUGUCCGGUGAUAUAGGGUAGGGGGUGGAUCCGACAGCCUUUAUCUUUGCAUUCUUUGCGUGCCAGGUCGUGACUCGUGCUGUCAUCAAUAAUCGCGUGUGUCACGCAACCCCCGUUCUGGAUUCUACUGUACUGUAGUUGCGCAGACUUCCCUCAACCCAACCAGAAACAGACUGCGUUCGCCUGCGAUUCGCAAAACCAACUACGAACACAAGCACUUCAACGAGCUAACCUGAUAUAGCGGCAACCAGUGUGCAGAAGAGAGAGUCAGCCUGAAAACAGACACCAAAGCGCCUUAGAGCCGUCGCAUUCGGCGCAAUGGAAGUGUCCGGAUACCCAAGUUACACCUCGGAGGCUGGCCACGCAAUGGCCGAGGUACCAAAGGAGGUUUGGGCUCUGGUCUUCACGUUCGUCGAGGACGUCGACCUCCAGACCCUUGCUCGAGUCUGCCGCCUGUUCCAUAUACUCGCGACGGACCGUAUCCUUUGGAAAAUCUAUCUGGCAUCCCGUAACCGUCGCCGAGUCUCUUCCCGCCUUUUCCACAUGCCCCAACGACCCUCUCGUCGAGACUUGGUAGCUCUGAACAUUCUGCGUACCACCCCUUUCCGAGAGAACAACGGAACAACCUACGUGAACAGCCCGGUCCGUGUGGCCCACUGGGUAGCGCAGCAAUCGAUCCGCAAGUUGUUCAUCUACAAGUCGUUGGGGAAGUCAUUGAGGGACCGGCCGUCAGUCGAGGAGUUGGCUUUGAGGAACGUUAUUCCCAUGGCGGAUGUGAGAUGCCAAGGCACUGUGAGCAGGUCAGGGUCGGAUGUGGGGGACGGACUGGGCGCCCCCUGCUCGCCGAAGUUGAUGACCAGGGCACUCAAGUUGAACAAAGCGCUGAAGGAGGACAAGUUGAGAAAGUCGCUGCGGAGCAGGAUCACCGUCGAGGACCUUAGGAAGAUGGGCGUGGCCAAAACCCACCAAGUUAUGAAGUACUGCGCGUACCAUCCCACUAUGCUCGCCACCCAGGUCGAGCUGGACAAACGCCUUACCUCAUCUCGCAUCUUCACAUCCCUGAACCACCGGCCCACGGUCGAAUCUCUGGAAUGCAUGAAAGUACUGCGUACGAGCCCUACCACAGCUGCCAUGCUCUGUCCCAACAUUAAGCCAAAGUUGCGGUUCUUUGAGGAUCUGAGCGCUUGCUCGGCUGUUAGCGCUGAAGUCGCUUGAACUCGGCCACUCUCUUUGUGCUGAAGGCUGCCUCUCGAUUGAGAACAGGAGCCAUAUUGGAAUCCACCCUUUCUCUGUCGCAUACUUUUGUAGUCCCCUCCUCCCUUUAUCCGCUGUAUAUACUCUAGCUUUCCCCUUUUGCUUCUCGGUAGGCGUUUAUUCUGUACAUUUUGGUAGAUUCCUCGGCUCCCUCCUCAUUUUUUUUGUAGAUCACUCAUUGAACGAAGCUUUUCAUUACUUGCUCCCCGCUUCUUGGUCUCCUCCAGCAGCCGGUAGAAUGCAUUCGGCUUUGAGGUUUGAAGUUCUGCUAACUCUCCACAUCCAGUCCCACCCACGUAUCAUUGCAUCCCCCUGCAAAUUCAAUUCAAUUUCCGCUGUGGCGACCCUUGAAGUUGGG